AUGGCCCAUCACGCCACAAAUGCUGAUCCAGAAGCUCGAUGGGGUCAUGGAGCCGUGCUUUUAGAUAACAUAUUAUAUAUUUUUGGAGGAAAAUUAGGAGAGAUUAAUAAUAAUUUUAAUGAUACUAGACAGAAUACAAACCAACUCCUCAUUCUUGACAUGACGGAACCUUUCACAGUGUCGGAUCCCAAUUGGACAAUACGUUCGGUAGGCCCAAGGGUAGCGGAACAUACGCUUAGUGUAGGCGGACCACAAAAUGAACUUCUUGUGUUAUGUGGUGGGAAUUACCCUGACCCAGUGCCAGAAAACCCAUUAUUUUAUUAUAAUACUUCAGAUCAAUCCCCUGAUUGGGUUAACCCUAAUGUAACUUUGCCGAUAAAAUUGCGAGAGCACACGGCUGUUACAAGAUUAAGUGAUUCCAUGAAUUAUAUCUAUGGUGGUAUUGAAACGGAUGAUCCUAAUGUUUCAGUAAGAGUUCAAUUACAGGAUUUACUUAGAUUAGAUACAAGACAAAACAUCUUGGAUGAUUUAAAGGUAGAUCUAAAAAUACCGCCGGGAAGAUUUCAUCACACAGCAACAAUUUUGCCGGAUGGAAAAAUGUACGUAAUUGGAGGGUAUUCCGGGGAAUUUGCAGACACAUUAGUAAACAUGAGUCAAAUCUUCGUUUACGAUACAUUAACUUCAACGUGGAACGUUCAGAUUGCAGUUGGUGACUUACCUUUGGCACGUAGGGAUCAUGUCGCAGUAGGAACACAAGACGGUAAAGUGAUCAUACACGGUGGCGCAAACGCAAAUUAUAGUGUGUUAUAUAAUGAUAUUGCGAUUUUGGAUACAACAACAUUACAAUAUACUUGGAGAUUAAUUGAUGCUAGAGGGAGAAUACCACCAUCAAGAUAUUCACAUACGGCUACGAUGGUUGGAACCAAUAUGCUGAUCGCUUUCGGUGUAAUUAGUUCUACGAAUGUUGGAGACGUAGUAGAUGAUAAUAUUUAUGUCCUUGAUACAACCACAUACGAAUGGCAAGAGAAUUAUACCCCGAAAAAUUUAGAUUUUAAAAGUACACCGAACUCCUCUGGCAACAUCAACGAAAAUUUACAUGCACCUGUAAGGGUUGGAAUAAUAGUUGGUUUAGUGUUAGGAAUAAUAUUUUUCCUUUUGCUGACAGGUGGAAGUUUAUUGUUGUUCUUCCGUAAGCGAAAACAAGCUGCCAUUUAUAAAUCAACAUCCUAUGCAGACUAUAAGGAACAAUCUUCAAAUCAAAUCAGAACAAAAUGA